AUCAUUUUUGUUUAGUGGGCUAUUUGAGCCCAAUACACUCAGCAAAAACUCUUCUCUUCCUCCGGCGUUAGGGUUUUCUUCCGCCUGCAACUUCCUGCACCUUUUUCCUCAUCCCCAUCGAUUCUCGCGGUGGUUGCUACGCUUCAGAUUCACAACAUGGCAACUACAACUACUACUAGGUCUUUUCUCCAAGCUGUUGCGACGGAAGAGGUUGCUACUCCUCUUAGAGUCGUUCAGAUGGAAGGACUGGUUAUCCUGAAGAUAAUUAAGCAUUGUAAGGAUCACUCACCUUCUUUAGUCACUGGACAACUUCUUGGAUUGGAUGUUGGCAGUGUUCUUGAAGUUACUAAUUGCUUCCCAUUUCCGAUGAGAGAGGAGGAUGAGGAAAUUGAAGCUGAUGGUGCCAAUUACCAGCUUGAAAUGAUGAGGUGCUUGAGGGAGGUUAAUGUGGACAAUAAUACUGUUGGGUGGUACCAGUCUACAUUGCUUGGCUCCUAUCAAACUGUGGAGCUGAUUGAAACCUUUAUGAAUUACCAGGAGAAUAUUAGACGAUGUGUUUGCAUAAUAUAUGACCCAUCAAGGUCUGAUCAAGGUGUCCUAGCUUUGAAGGCCUUGAAGCUCUCAGACUCAUUCAUGGAACUGUAUCGCAGCAAUAAUUUUACUGGGGAGAAGUUGAGGGAGAAAAACUUAUCAUGGGUGGAUAUCUUUGAGGAAAUACCCAUCAAAGUUUCAAAUUCUGCCCUUAUCAGCGCUUUUAUGACUGAGCUGGAACCUGAAACUCCUGUCACCCAGUGUGAUUAUGAUCGCCUGCAACUGUCAACCAGUUCACUAAUGGAGAGAAAUAUGGAAUUUUUGAUUGAAUGCAUGGAUGACUUGUCACUAGAACAACAAAAGUUCCAAUUCCACUAUCGUAGCUUGUCUCGUCAGCAGGCUCAGCAGCAAGCAUGGCUUCAGAAGAGAAGGGCGGAGAACAUGUCACGCAGAGCUGCUGGGGAAGAGCCUUUGCCUGAGGAAGAUCCUGCAAACCCCAUUUUCAAGCCGCUCCCUGAACCAUCCCGUCUGGAGAGCUUCCUCAUAACAAAUCAAAUUUCCAACUAUUGCAACCAAAUCAACGGGGUUGCGGGGCAAAGCUUUAAUAGACUCUAUUUGAUGAAGGCUUUGCACGAGGAAUAAAAAGGCAACUUUUGUUUGUCACUCUGAUGCAUGCUUUGAUGAUGCAACUUAACUUCUUUGCUAUAUAGAAUGAGAAUUUUAUGUUGAAUUUGGUAGUAUAUCAGAGAAUUGUCCAAGGUGAUUUUUGUUUUCUUCAAUUUAUUUUUAAAAACUCUUCAAUUGUAAGCAGUGUAAUCUGUUAUAUUUAGAGAGAGAAGAUACGUGUAGUGCCUGCUUUUUGCUCGUUAA